UGUACGGCCCCCCAUUGCUCUGUCUCCCCGCAACACUCUGCUGCCAUGUGCCAUUUUCAGGUCUCUUCACACUGCGGUGGGUUCCAUUUGUUCUUAGGUUGCCUGGCAGAUUACAGGGCCUUCCUUAGGUGCCACCUAGCCCCAUCUCGGCCAUGGGCACCCCGUUACCGCCUGGUAACGCUGCUGCUGGGCCCUCAGUGUGACCUGGGUCCCUGUACCGCCUCCCAUUGCCUCCCACUCUGCCAUUGUUGCCACUUUCAGGUCUCCUCACGUCCUGUGGUUUCCAUUUUGGUCAUAGGUUGCUGUAUGGCCUCUCCAUUGCUGGCUGCCUCCACCGCCCACUCCUGUGGCUCCAAACUCUGGUUUGUGGCCCGGUGACUGGCCAAUGGAGUGA